AUGGCGCAAUACUUUCUUGAUCUCGUGUACACUUUUACCAAUUGCCUAAGCUGUUUUCCAGGCUCUCCGAAGCUGAAGAUCAACAACAGCAGCUUCAAGAUCCUGCGAUUACUGGGCGAGGGAGGGUUUUCAUACGUCUACUUAGUCCAGGAUACUAGCAAUGAAGCUCUUUAUGCCCUCAAGAAAAUCCGAUGCCCCUUCGGUCAAGAAUCCGUUGCCCAAGCCAUGAAGGAAGUGGAAGCUUAUGCGCUCUUCUCACCACAUCCGAAUAUCAUCCACAGCGUCGACCAUUGCGUCUCUGCGGAUCGAUCUGACCCGGGCGCAAAGACUGUGUAUAUUCUACUUCCAUACUACCGCCGUGGGAACCUCCAGGAUAUGAUAAAUGCGAAUUUGGUCAACCACACGAAGUUCCCCGAGAGAAGGUUGAUGGUGCUCUUCCUGGGAGUUUGCAAGGCUCUGAAGGCAAUGCAUAAUUACAGGGUUCAGGGAGGGCCUGGAGGUGCUAACAGCGUCAAUAAAGCGAAGAAAAUCCGGGGAAUGGCGGCAAGGGCGGAUCAGGAAGCGGAGGAGGAGGUACAGCAACGCAGAGGAAGGCAGAAUGGAAGAGAAUUGGAUCCUGACAGUGAGCAACAAGAGCCGUUGAUGGAUGGAGAAGUUACAAGGAGCCAAGAAGGUGUUGCACCUGGCGAGAUCAGGGCGUAUGCGCACAGAGACAUUAAACCCGGCAAUAUAAUGAUUGAUGACGACGGCGAGCAACCAAUUCUCAUGGAUCUCGGGUCUCUUGUGCCGUCACCAACACCGAUUACUUCAAGAUCCCAAGCAAUCGCGGUACAAGACCAAGCAGCAGAACACUCGACUAUGCCUUACCGUGCACCCGAGCUGUUCGACGUCAAGACAGGCAGCAUAAUCGAUACGAAAGUUGACAUCUGGUCACUCGGCUGUACCCUAUACGCGUGUCUGGUGGGCAAGUCCCCCUUCGAAAUGCGCAGUGAUGAAACGGGUGGAAGUUUGAGUAUCUGCAUUUUGGGGGGCGACUGGAGAUUUCCAGAUGAGGGUGCAGGAGGGAAAAAGAAGGCUGCAAACCAGACUGGGCAGAGUGAAGAUAGUGAGAUCAGCGAGAGCAUCAGAGAGGUAGUGAGGAAGUGUCUGGUUGUUGAGCCUGCCCAAAGGCCGGAUGUCGAUGAGCUCAUUGACAUUGUGACGAGGGUUAUCGAUGAGUUGCCUGCAGAUGGGUCGUCCUAG